AUGGCCCCAGAAGGGCUCGAUGGCUCCAACCAGAAACUUCAUCCAUUCUUUGUUGCAGGAAAGAGCAACGACUUGCCAACGCCCGAGGCAAACGCGUUAGAACAACCUACCAAUGCAAACGAGCAGACCCCGAUCAAUAAAUUUGGACGACCUAGGAAGCAGAGAAACGCUUUGCAGCAACCAUCCAGCGACAUUGAACCGCACUCUUCUGACAUUGACGAGGAUGGACCCGACCGCAAGAGACAGAAGACUGGCAGUGCUGGACCGGGCUCAGGCAAGAAAAGGGGACGCCCUAGGAAGAAGGCGAGUGUACCGGCGAACGAUAUAACGAGCCACUUCUCCCAGAACAACGGUGUCUCGUCAACUGCCCUCGCCAACGAAGUGCCACGAACGCCUCCUCCCGAGCCAGUUAUUGCCCAAGAAGUCUCCGUAUUGCUUCCUCAAGCUACGCCGACGAACCCUGAAGCCUCGUCGACUGCUACGGCAGGCUCAGCGCUGCUUUCCGCGAACCAAGACCAGUCGAAGCCAACCAAGGUCCUCAAGUUCAACCCAAAGACUGGAACAAUCGGAUCCCCGCCCAAGCCCAAGCCAGCUCCCGCCGAGAGCUCCAAAGGCGCCAAGUCCUCAAAGUCGCCCGCCAAGCCGACCCGCAUCAUUACUAUUAGAUAUGGCCAUGAUACAGAGACGCGCGCGCGCAUUGGUCCCAAGAUACAGCAGAUUCUGGAUGGUCCGUCCCCAAAGAAGGGUAGUCCGAAGUCGAAGACGACGCCCAAGAAACCUCGAGCCAAAGCUACAAAACUGGAGCAGGAUAAGACGAAAUCAGGCACUACGCAUCCAAUGUUUCUUGGAAAGGCCAAGAAUGCAGCAAAAUCCGACGCGUCUCCAGCUCCUGCACCGAAACCACCAAGGCAAACCAUCUUCAGUUCUACACCAUGCUCGCCUAAGAAACAACGCCCGGCCCCUAUGACCGGAAAUGUCCCGCAGUUUGGCAUGCGAUCCUUGGGACUAAAGGUGCCAGGAUCAUGUCAUCCAGCAUGGCCAGCCCAGGGAAUGGCCCAUGUCAGGGGGUUGACAACAGAGGAAGAACAACUGUCCGCGGCUGUCCAGCAACUCCAGGUCUCUGAUCGGAAGUCCAAGGGCCAGAAUACAAAUAUCUUACCUGGCGAAUCAGUCAUUGAUAUGCUCGUCAAGUCAUUGGACACUCUCGGCAUCGCAAGGUCUCUCCAGGAUACAACUGAUGAUUACCAACCACCACCGCCUGAGCUUCGCCUGCCGGAAAAGCACUUCGAGAGUGGUCGCAAGCUGCGUUCGCGAAUCAGACGUGAGCUGCGCACAUGUCUGCCUCUGGGAGGCCAGAACGACGAUAGUGAUGACGAGGUCCUCACAGCAUCCACUCGGAAGCCUCACCCAGCUGUUGCUCGCUUAUACAAUUCCCUAGAGGCCAACCUUUCUGCGUACGAUAGGUCUCAAUGUGAGGAGAUGACCUGGGCGCAGAAAUACGCGCCUAUCCUUGCAGAAGAAGUGCUUCAAAGUGGCAAGGAGGGCGUGCUUCUCAAGGAAUGGCUCCAGACACUGAGGGUCCAGUCUGUCAAUACCGGUGUAGCAACCGCCGAUCAGAAGUCGUCUGGUGCUAAGCCUGGCUCUGCGACGAAGAAGAAGCGGAAGCGGAAUAAAUUGGACAACUUCAUCGUAUCCGAUGGUGACGAGACAGAGUUCCUGCCGAGUGUCUCUGAUGACGAUGAGGACGAUUGGUUGCCCACCCAUAGUCAAGGUGGUCCCAAGAAGACCGUAGUCCGCAGAGACGUUGGCAAGGAUCUCAGCCGGCUAACCAAUGCUGUUGUGCUCAGCGGCCCGCAUGGCUCUGGCAAGACUGCGGCUGUCUAUGCGGUCGCAAAGGAAUUGGGCUUCGAGAUCUUCGAGAUCAAUGCGAGCAGCCGCCGAAACGGCAAGGAUGUGAUGGAAAAGGUCGGAGACAUGACACAAAACCAUCUCGUCCAACAGAAUCGCCAAGGAAAGGAUGACAGCAAAGCCGUGGACGACGAAACAUCCAAAGACGUUAAAUCUGGCAAGCAAAACACCAUGAUGUCCUUCUUCAAACCCAAAGCAGCGACCAAGCCUGUGUCGAAACCUCAAGCCGAACCAGAACCCGAGCAGAAAACCGAGCAGCCAGCUGAGGCACCCAAGACCACCAAGGCAAAGACCCAAAACCAAAAGCAGUCUUUGAUUCUUCUUGAGGAAGUUGACGUUCUUUACGAAGAGGACAAGCAAUUUUGGGCAACCAUCAUGAAUUUGAUUGUCCAGUCAAAGAGGCCCUUCGUCAUGACCUGCAACGACGAGAAUCUUGUUCCGUUCCACAACUUUGUCCUCUAUGGCAUCUUCCGGUUCACACCUCCCCCUGAAGACCUGGCUGUAGACGUGCUUCUUCUCAUCGCUGCGAAUGAAGGCCAUGCUCUGAAGCGCGCAGCUGUGAGUGCACUCUACGAGGCAAAGGGACAGGACUUGCGGGCUUCUUUGAUGGAACUCAACUACUGGUGCCAGCUUGGAGUUGGUGAUCGACGGGGUGGCUUUGACUGGUUCUACCCGCGAUGGCCCAAAGGAUGCGACAAAGAUGAGAACGGCGAUGUCGUCCGUGUUGUGAGUGAAGGGACAUAUCUAGAGGGAAUGGGAUGGAUAAGCAGGGACCCUGCAGUCACCGGCAGCCCCCUUGCCUCUGAGGAGGAGUUGAUGACACAGUGCUGGCAGGGCCUGGGCUUGGACUUGGGCAACUGGCAUGAUUCCCUCGACAUGGCAUCAUGGGCCGAAAGCGUACACACUUCUUCCGCUGGAGACCGAGCUGCUGCGCUUGAUGUGUUCUGUGAUUUUUCAGAGGCGAUGUGUGCAGCUGAUCUUUGCUCUGGCGGUGACUUUGGGCUCAGAUUACAAGAGUCCCUUGACCCUACCCAGCCAGAUAUCUCAAGCAAGUCGCGCGAUGACUUUGUCGUUGGACGGCGACUCCUUGAAGCACCUCCGCUUACGACAUUUACCUACACUGCCACCGCCAUUUCCAACAGCCUCAAAUCUUCCGCCCGUCAGACCCUUCAAGCUGCCCCCAGGGAACCCGAGUCGGCAGUCAGCAUGGAUCACAUCGGGGAGGACAAGGCCAUUCAGCAGAUGCGGCGAUCCUUCAACAAGCCACCGAAAGACACAGCCGUCUCACGAUAUGAUAUGAGUCUGGCGUUCGAUCCGAUUGCGGCUUCAGAAAAGGCACUGGCAAACAUGUCCAACAGUCUUGAGCCGUCGGUAUUCGACAGGACUAUGCGGAUGAUAACACUUGAAGUCGCACCAUACGUGCGCAGCAUUAUCGGAUACGAUCACCGUUCAAUGCAAGAGCGCCAGCAGAGAAGCUCGCUCGUCAGCGAGGGCGGCAGGCCUGGCAAGCGAAUGCGCAGUACUCGAAGUGCGCUCUCGGCUCAAGAGGGCGUGGCGCGCGGUAGUACUCGCAGAGAGAGCUACUUUUCUGCCGAGCUGAGCACGCCGUUGGUCAUGAGGACCGGAGGAGAGGGUUGGCAGGCGGCUGUGGAUAUGGAGAUGAGGCUGAUGCCGCGCCUACCAAGUGUUGCCCCGAGUGACACCAGUAAUGAGACGGCGGCGCCAGUGCCGAAUGCAGAGGUUCCGACGUUGAGCGCGGAGUAG